AUGCUGUGGGAGGAAAACCCGUCCGAGUUGCUUUCGGAAAUUCGGGAUUGGUUUCAGGAAGGUUUUCAUGGACGGUUCGAAGAGCUCUGGGCCGAGAUGCAUCGUCAAGUUGUUUUGGAUUUUGAAGACAGGUCUUUGAGUAAGUUCGGCGCGUUCAUAAUCCUCUGUGGCGCGACCCACCUUAUCAACCUGUGGACCUUCUCCCUCCACUCCAAGACCGUGGCCAAAAUAUCCACGGCCUUAGUCUCGUGCGUAACAGCUCUAAUGCUUGUCCACAUCAUCCCCGACCUGCUCAGCGCAUGUCCGCAUGCUGACCCACGAGAUCUGGAGUACCCUCGACCGGCACACGAUUCUGUCGAGCUCGACCUGGAAGAGUGUGCCCUGUGGAUGCCCUCUCGUGGAGGCGCCAGCCUCCAGCUGUCACACACACUGAGCAGCUUGAUGCCUGUGGGGUCCACUGUGCCGGUCAACCUUCCUCUGGUUAAUAAGAUAUUUAGCAGCGAUGAGGCUGUUUGGAUUCCUCACGCUUGCCCUCUCGAACUUCCGUGUGGAAGGGUGAGCCGAGCUUUCCGGGAGCAUGAGCUCGAAUUUGGAUGGAAAAAGGUGGAUUUAAGAAGAUUGACCAUGACUAUUUAA